UAUCAAACUUCCUUGUUAAGGUGUUGUCGCAGUCAGCAUUGAUUUGACAUGGCGCAGGGAAACUAUUCUGAUAUUGAUUCAAAAUGUGGGAUUUGUUUGUCUGCGUACACAGAACCGCGGCUGUUGGAAUGUUUCCAUACUUUUUGCACACCGUGUCUCGAAAAACUGGAUGUGAAUGAUAAUAAUGUGACGUGUCCGUUAUGUAGGACACAAAUAGGUCUACCAGACAAUGGGGUAAGCGGUUUAAAAACUUAUCCUUUCUACGUUGAACCAUCUCACAGAGACAAUGAAUUAAUGGACAUUUACGAAUUAUGUUCGGAAGAGAAUUAUGUUGAAGCUAAAUGUCUAGAUUGUAAAAUAGAUUUAUGCUUAAGCUGUCGCGAUUACCACAAGAAACUAAAGGCGUCCCAGAACCACUCGCUUGAGAACUUGAAAUUAGAUGAAUUGAAACAACACCAUGAAAACCCAAUAAACGAAUGCAAUGAACAUAGAAAAGAGAUAACUUUAUUCUGCGUACCUUGUAAUACCUUUUUGUGUAGUGAGUGUUCAGAAAAAGCCCAUCGUUUACACAAGGUCCAGAACCUAUCACAGUUAGUUCAGACUAGAAAGAAAAUGUUACUUGCCAGAACAGCGAGCUUAAAAUCAAGAAUAUCGGUUAUCGGGAACACUGCAGAGAGAGUAAAACAAGAAGAAAACAAUUAUUACAAGAAUUGCAGCAUAGUAAAGAAAGAUAUAUUGGCACACGCUACAAGCAUUAAAGAUGUAUUUUGUAAUACCGUCGAUAUAUUGACGAACAAACAUUUAGCUACAAUCGACAACACUAAAAAAAUCGAUAUCAAAGUGAUUGACACGUAUUCGAAUGAGAUAGAAAUAGAACAAUUGUCAUUGGCUGGUCUCAUCAAGACAACGGAGGAUUUCAUUGCCAGGUCUACAGACAAAGAGUUGAUGUUUGAUGCCUUUAUUAUCGGUGGUCGUCUUGACAAAGUCUUGAACAAAACUCUGAAUCCAUUGAGUUUGCAUGUGCAGAAAUUUGAAUGUAAGGAAUUCACUGCAGCAACCGUAGAAAAUUUGUUUGGAAAGAUAAAUGCUUCAAAGGUAAAUGUUGUUACACCUUUAUAUACACAAUUGCCUAUUCCUGAAUUGUUUCCUAAAGUAGAAAAGGUACACAUAGCUUUCAACUUCAUGGUUGCAUAAU